AUGGCGCCCGCAUGGCUCUCCGUUCCCCAUGGCGCCCUCUCCCUCGAUCGCGCCCCCUCGAUCCACUUCCGCCCUGACCAGCCUGCCAGCCGCGGGGUUCCCGCCGUGCUCCGGCGGCCAGGGACCGUCGCCGUCUCCGUCGCGGCGCUGAGGAGGCCGCUGGUCGCCACCGUGGCCGCGGCCACGAACACGGCCGCCGCCGCAAGCGUGGAGGAGCGGGAGAGGACGUUCAUCGAGGAGAUGCGGGCGGUGGCCAUGCGGCUGCACAGCAGGGACCAGUCGAAGUAUGGCGAGAAGGAGGCGCCCAUGGAGCCGCCCGUCGCCAAGUGGCGGCCCACCGUCGAGGGGUACCUCCGCUUCCUCGUCGACAGCAAGCUCGUCUUCGAGACGCUCGAGGCCAUCGUCGACAGCGCCGCCAUCCCCUGGUAUGCCGAGUUCCGGAGCACAGGGUUGGAGAGAUCAGAGCCUCUGAAGAAGGAUUUGGAAUGGUUCAGGCAACAAGGUCACAAGAUUCCUGAACCAUGUGCUCCUGGCAUUACAUAUGCUUCCUUGCUGGAAGAGCUGUCUGUGAAGGAGCCCUAUGCAUUUGUCUGCCAUUUCUACAACGUGUACUUUGCUCAUAGCGCUGGGGGCCGAAUCAUUGGCAAAGAGGUUGCUGAGAAGAUUCAUCUCCAGAAAGAGCUGGAGUUCUACGAGUGGGAGGGUGAUCUGUCGCAGCUGCAGCAGAAUAUCCGCGGCAAGCUUAAUCAAGUCGCUUCCGGUUGGUCUCGGGCGGAGAAGGACCGUUGCCUAGACGAGAUGGAGAAGGCGUUCGCCUGUUCAAUAGACCUCCGACGCCAUAUGUUCUAAGACCGUCUAUAAACAAACAAAUGACCGCUAAACCCUAAUUGUUGGGUAUUUCACGAAUAAACAAUAUUGUUAGGGUGAUAUACAAAAUAAAGAUUUAGUUAUUGUGUUUCCCACAAUGUGUAAUAGAAGUGACAUGAAUAGGACAUGUGUUUUACAGUGCUUGCAAACUACCAUAGUGGGCUUUCAUU